CCGCGUUGGAGCGAGCGCUCUGCUGCGGCUCUGGAUCUCAGCGGCUGGAGCUGAAUGCACGUCGCCUCGCUGCUGCGCUUUCGGGUCGGCAGCGCAGCAGCAGCGGCAGCCCGACGAGGCCGGAGCCGCUCCUAUAUCAGCAGCCGGGGCACGCCUCGCCCCGCUCGCUCUCACAACCACACCCCUCGCCGCCCAGCAUGUCUGCCGCACCCGCCAAGGACACGCACGCCGCGCAGCCCACGCUCACGCACUCGGGCCCGCCGACGUUCGACGACGUGAAGCGCGUGCUGAACCGCACCGUGCUCUCGCCGCUCGCGCUCGUCGGCAUCCCGCUGCUCGGCUAUCUCGCCGAGCGCCGCGCCUCGGCGCUGCCGUUCGGCGACGCCGCCAACUGGCCCUUCCCGACGCUCGAGCUGCUGCGCGCCCUCGCCGCGGCGCACCCGCGCCUGUACAAGCUCUGGCUGCUCGUGCUGCUGCGCACCUUCUCCCACACGGCCACGCGCUACGUGCGCAACCUCGGCGUGUACGGGCGCCAGCGCCCCGACUGGCGCAAGGAGGUCGUCGUCAUCACCGGCGGCGCCGCCGGCAUCGGCAAGGCCACCGUCGAGAUCCUGAGCCACAAGAAGCGCGCGAGCAUCGCCGUGCUCGACAUGGCGCCGCCGCAGUACGCGCGGGCGCCGCCGGGUGCGCCCGAGAUUCUGUACUUCAAGACGGACGUGACCGACCGCGAGAGCGUCAAGAAGGCCGCCGACGCCAUCCGCGCCAAGUACGGCGAGCCGACGAUCCUGAUGAACUGCGCAGGCAUCGCGCAGGGCUCUCUCAUCCUCAACGCCGAGAUGAAGAGCAUUGAGCGCACCUGGCGCAUCAACACGCUCGCCAACUGGAUCACCGCGCAGGAGUUCCUGCCCGCGAUGGUCAAGAAGAACCGCGGCCACAUCAUGACGGUCGCGAGCAGCGCCAGCUACAUGUCCCUGCCGCAGAUGGCCGAGUACGCCACGUCCAAGUCCGCGGCGCUUUCCUUCCACGAGGUGCUCUCUGCCGAGCUCCUGGCGCGGUACAACGCGCCGGCCAUCCGCACGUCGGUGUGCUGCCCGACGAAAGUGCGCACCGCGCUGGGCGACGGCAUGGAGGACCACCCGGACCCGUUCUUCACGCCCAACCUCAUGCCCGUGCAGGUCGGCCAGGCCAUCGUCGACGUGUUCGACUCGGGCCUGAGCCAGUACGUCAUCAUGCCCGAGAUCAUGCGCAUCCUGCCGUGGAUGCGUGCCGUGCCGGACUGGAUGCGGCGGCUGGUCAACCUCAUUGCCAACACGGACAACCAGGUGACGGACAAGUCGAUGAACCGCGCGCUGAAGAACGGCUACGGCGCCGACUGGGACGGCGAGGCCAAGGAGCUGCGCCAGAAGGUCGUCGACCGUCUGCAGCGCGAGUCUGGCGGCAAGUAGACGGGCACCCGGCGGCCCGGCACUUGCAGAGGCGAGCAGUGCAGGCCUCCCGUACACAUGGAUCGCGCUCGGACCCGGGGAAGAGAUCACGCAAGCAGACACACGACACGCACCGAGCCAUCUCAAGUCAUCCCGUUGCUCUAAUAUAAUGCAU